AUGGCCCCGCAGAGGGGGCCACUGCUGCUGCUGGCCCUCAGCCUGGGCCUGGCCGGUGCCCAGAAGACCCUAGAUGACGUGCCGGUACAGCCCGGGUUGAAUGCCCACGAGGUGGAGGGACGCUGGCUGACUGUCCAGCUGGCUGCCAGCCGGGCCCACCUGGUCUCCCCAGACGACCCCCUGAGGCUCGGCCUCCAUUCCAUUUGGACACGGGGCGAGGAUGUGGAGUUCGUCUUGUUCUGGACGGGAGAGGGGGUGUGCCAAGGAGUGAACAUCACCGUCCACCCAACCGGGCUCCAAGGCCAGUACCAAGGCUCCUUGGUAGGAGGCACCAGCAUGCACGUCUGCGUCGUGAGCGCGGACUACAGUAGUCUCAUUCUUUACAUCCGCCUCGAGGACGCCGGCGAGGUCACCAGCCUGUGGGCUCUUCUGGCCAGAAGAACGCGCGGGGACCCCACGUGGCGGCAGAAGUUCCUCGAGUACGCGGACAGAUUUCACCUGCAGAAAGCCCCCGUCUUCAACCUCGACGAGGAUACCUUCAGCCCCUCCAGCCCUCAUGGGGACUCUCGAAGCCCUCCCUGCCCGAAACAGACGGCCACUGUGCUCUCCUCUGCGGCAGCCUGUCGCCUCGCAUGGAGAAGGUUCCCCUCCUGA